CCCUGAGGUGCCAUCCGCCACCUUCUUCACCGCGCUGCUCUCGCUGCUGGUGUCCGGGCCCCGCCUGUUCCUGCUGCAGCCGCCCCUGGCGCCCUCGGGCCUCUCGCUGCGGUCCGAGGCCCUGCGCGACUGGCAAGUGUUGGAAGUACUCAAGUAAUGAAGUGCUCUUCAGAUAAUGAAGCCUUACAGAGAUGGCCUGACUGAGCCACUAUGGAAGGAGAGGUCAGAAUUACAACCGAGGAGACUGGCAUACAGAGUCUUAAGUGACACCCACUCAAUCCACCCUGAAGCUGUUACAAUUAAUUAACCCUCAAACUGCCCGGUGAGAUAGUUUACAGGCUGGUGACCUACAUCUUUGUCUAUGAGAAUCCAGUCUCCCUGCUGUGUGGUGCUAUCAUCAUCUGGCGCUUUGCUGGAAAUUUUGAGAGAACCGUGGGCACCGUCCGCCACUGCUUCUUCACCGUGAUCUUCGCCAUCUUCUCCGCUAUCAUCUUCCUGUCAUUUGAAGCUGUGUCAUCGCUGUCGAAGCUGGGGGAAGUGGAGGAUGCCAGAGGUUUCACCCCCGUGGCUUUUGCCAUGCUGGGAGUCAACUCUGUCCGCUCUCGGAUGAGGAGGGCCCUGGUGUUUGGCAUGGUUGUGCCCUCAGUGUUGGUGCCAUGGCUGCUGCUGUGCGCCUCCUGGCUCAUUCCCCAGACCUCUUUCCUCAGUAAUGUCUGUGGACUUGGGAUUGGGCUAGCAUAUGGCCUCACAUACUGCUAUUCCAUAGACCUCUCAGAGCGGGUAGCACUGAAGCUCGACCAGAAGUUCCCCUUCAGCCUGAUGAGAAGGAUUUCGGUGUUCAAAUACAUCUCAGGCUCUUCAGCGGAAAGAAGGGCAGCGCACAGCCGGAGGCUGAACCCUGUGCCCGGCUCUUAUCCCACACAGAGUGGCCACCCUCACCUGUCCCCGAGCUACCCUGUCGCCCAGAUGCAGCAUGCCAGUGGCCCGAAACUAGCUUCCUGGCCAACCUGUGCACCUGGGCAUAUGCCCACCCUGCCUCCAUACCAGCCUGCCUCUGGCUUGUGUUAUGUGCAGAAUCAUUUUGGCACAAUCCCUAACUUCUCCGGGGUCUACCCAGCUUCCGCGGGUGCCUCCCUGGGGGUCCAGCCACCUGCCCCCCUCAACUGCCCUGGCACAGUGUAUUCUGGGGCCUUGGCCACUCCCAUGGCUGCAGGCUCCAAGGAGUGCUCAAGGGUCCUGAUCCCCUGACCAAGAAUUUCUAGGGAAGUUUCCUUGCAUCUUGGCUUUCUGAAGAAGAUCCUCUCUGAGCUAAGAUUUUCUUGACAAAAAAAUUAUUUAUUGAACACCUCUAUGUGCCAGGCUCUGCGUUGAGUACUCUGAUGUGUGUCCCUACUUCAGUCUCUUUCACCCUCAUGACAACGUUGUGAAGUACAUGUUAUUGUCCCCAUUUUAGAGAUAGAGAAAGCGAGACGCUCAGUGAUUACAUAAAGUCAAAUGGUUCUGUAGUUGUGCAGCUAGGGCAUUCGACUGCAGGCCCAGGGCUCCUCCCCGCCGUCCUGCCUCCCAGAGAACACACGGGAGAGGCAGCAUCAGUUGGCGGCAGCAGCCAGUGGCUCGUUCCAGCUCUGUUUCCUUCCCGUCAUUGUGUGCAGUGCUUUGUUUAUAGCAUCUGUGUCUGUGUCUGCCCUUCAGGAGCUGGUGUGCUCGGCAGUUCCCAGGCCCAUAUACUGUCUGUCCCCUGCAGUGACCCCGUCACCCAACUCUGCCCCAGAGGCAGCAGAUGGGCCAGUGUGAGCCACAGCAGCUUGUUGUUUACCUUUGUAUAAAGAAACGGCCUCCAGCCUG